GACAACCAGGGGCAGCGGAAUAAGAACCUUGUGCCCCUCACUCGUUCCGAAGCCCACCCCUCACUACACACAUCUCGACGAUAUUUCUCAUUACAGGAGCCAAAGAGAAGACAACUCUGUCAUCAAUUAGCACACAGUCACCAUCCAGCAAUCCCAAGAACCACUACCAACAUGUCGUUCGGCACCAAGGCUACAUUCCACACCGGCGCGCAGAUCCCCACGCUGGGAUACGGCACCUGGCAGUCGUCUCCUGGCGAGGUCUCCGUGGGCGUCUACGAAGCCCUCAAGGCUGGCUACCGCCAUCUUGAUCUCGCCAAGAUCUACCAGAACCAGCCCGAGGUCGCCGAAGGCAUCAAGAAGGCCUACAAGGACAUUCCGGGACUCAAGCGCGAGGAUAUCUUCAUUACCUCCAAGCUGUGGAACAACUCUCACCGUCCCGAAUAUGUCGAGGCCGCCCUUGAUCAGACUCUGAAGGAGCUUGAACUUGACUACCUUGACCUCUACCUCAUCCACUGGCCUGUCGCAUUCAAGCGCGACGGUGCUGCUGACGCUGACAACCUCUUCCCCGCCUCCGAGAACGGCAAGGCGGUCGCUGUCGACGACGACGUGUCCAUCGUCGACACCUGGAAAGCAUUGAUUGAUCUGCCCAAGUCCAAGGUCCGCAACAUUGGCGUCUCCAACUUCACGGUCGAGCACCUUGAGAAGGUCAUCAGCGCCACUGGCGUGGUUCCCGUCGUCAACCAGAUCGAGCGCCACCCUCUUCUCCAGCAGAAUGACACCGUCAUCAAGUACGCCAAGGAGAAGAACAUUCACAUCACUGCCUACUCUGCAUUCGGCAACAACAGCAUUGACGCGCCGCUCCUUCUCGUCAACGACACUAUCAAGGCCGUUGCCGAGAAGAACUCCGCGACCCCCGCACAAGUUCUGUAA